CUCUUCUGUUUGGCAGUUAUUAUGUACCCUAAACAGUAACAGAUCAAUACAGUGUGUUCGAGUUAUCAGAACAAAUUUUCAGAAAAUAAAAAUGAAACUCAAGGGCGUGUCCAGAGGGGGGUGCACCCGACGCGCGCUGUCUAAAUUUUGGCUGGCAAACACUUCUAUAGCCUGAAAAUUGUGACAAAAGAUAAAAAUGGCUUUUGGGGGAGUAGCUGGCGGAGUACCAGGAUUAGGAGGAGCUCCUGGUGUAGUACCUGGAGGAGCACUUGGAGGAAUACCUGGAGGAGCACUUGGAGGAGUACCUGGUGGAGCACUUGGAGGAGUACCUGGCGGAGCACCUGUUGAUCCGGAGAAGAAAGAGGCAUACUAUCUCCGUCUUCAUUUACUCAUUGUAAAAGAGGGGACAGCUAUUUUAAAGGCAAGAUUUGAUCAUUCUGUGCCACCGCAACAACUCCAUGUUAAGCUGCAACAGUGUAUGAAAACAUUUAACUAUGCAAAGAAAAACAACCUUCUCAGCAAAACACAGAUAAGUAAUCUAUUUCCGCAGUAUCACCCACCUUCUUCAGAUACUUUCGAUGUAUCACUUUUAGUUUAUCUUCUGAGGAACAUAUGUGGACUCCAGUCAAAAUCGAAAUGGUGGAGUGAAAACGACAACAGUAAAAUACCGGAUAAGAUGGUUGAUGAGGAGGCCGACAUUGUUCGUUUAAGGAACAUGAGAAAUCAGAUGCAGCAUAAGCAGGUUGCUUCACUUGAGCAGGGGGAAUUUGAGACAAGUGGGAUUUUGGGGGAAAAGAUAAUGCAGGCUAUUAAAUACCUGAAGUAA